CGCCGUGUUGUAAUUCUCUGGCUUCGCUAGACGCUGCGCACUGAUUGUCGGCGGCAUCGAUACGGCAACGCAGACGCACAGGCAGAGGACGUGUGUGUGGAACUAUGGCGUGCACACGGAGGGUGUAGUAGCCUCACGGUGCCGGACUCGGUCGUGGACUAUGGCGGACGGCGCUCCGGGCUCGCCGCCAGCUUCCACUCUGCGCCGCGCGUCGCCGCAAACGAACAGCGGUUAAGCCGAAGCCGAAGCGUGCAACUUCCUCCUUUCCCCCGCAACAAUCGCCGCUGCCUCGUCCUCCGACUCUCUCUGCUCUUCUUCUUCUUCCCUCCUCCUCCUCCUCCUCCUUCCCUCCAGGCUUGAAGCAUCCAGGGUCAGAGAGAGCUGCUGCAUCAGCAGAGAGCGAAUCCUGGAAGCCUUCCCAGCAGCCACUGCUCGACUGAUCGAUUGCCAGACCGAUCAGAGGAUGGACUAACCCUUGGAAAAAAACGUCUCCUCCGCUCCUCAUCUCCCCUCGUAUCACUCACCUGUCGGGCCCCUGAGGGCCCUCGGGGGGGAGCGGGCGGGAUGUCUGGCAGCAGGCAGCCGGCCAGGCACCCGCUGUGGCGCCUCCUGUCGCCGUUCCGCAACCGUCAGGAGCGAGUGGUGCUGGCCCGCAGCGACAGCCUGCCCGGGGAACACGUGCUGAAGAUCACGGUCACGGAGACCACGGUGAUCGAGGCCGAAUCCGGCGUUUGGAACUGGCGCUCGCUGACCUACCUGGGCCUCUGGUACUUCUUCAGCUUCUGCACCCUGUUCCUCAACAAAUACAUCCUGUCACUGUUGGAGGGGGAGCCCAGCAUGCUGGGUGCCAUUCAGAUGCUGUCCACCACGGUCAUCGGCUGCCUCAAGAUGUUCGUCCCCUGCUGCCUGUACCAGCACAAGUCCAGGACCGACUAUCCUCCCAACUUCGUCAUGAUCAUGUUAUUCGUCGGACUCAUGAGGUUCACCACUGUGGUGCUGGGCCUGGUGAGCCUGAAGAACGUGGCGGUGUCGUUUGCCGAGACGGUGAAGAGCUCGGCGCCGAUAUUCACCGUCAUAAUGUCCAGACUGAUCCUCGGGGAGUACACAGGGCUGUGGGUGAACCUGUCCCUGUUUCCCGUCAUGGCUGGCCUGGCCCUCUGCACGGCCACGGAGAUCAGCUUCAACAUGCUUGGCUUCUCCGCCGCGCUCUCCACCAACGUCAUGGACUGUUUGCAGAACGUGUUCUCCAAAAAACUGCUGAGUGGAGACACAUACAGGUUCAGCCCUCCGGAGCUGCAGUUCUAUACAAGUGCAGCCGCAGUCAUCAUGCUCAUACCUGCCUGGGUGUUCCUCCUGGACCUUCCAGUGAUCGGGAACAGCGGGCGGAGCUUCAUCUUCAGUCAAGACAUUAUCCUGCUGCUGCUUUUCGACGGCGGCCUGUUCCACCUUCAGAGUGUCACCGCCUAUGCUCUCAUGGGACGGAUUUCCCCCGUCACCUUCAGCGUUGCCAGCACCGUCAAGCACGCCCUGUCCGUGUGGCUGAGCAUCAUCGUGUUCAGCAACCACAUCACCAUCCUCAGCGCCGGCGGCACUUUGCUUGUGUUCUUCGGGGUCUUCUUGUACAACAAGGCCAGACAGCUGCAGAGGAAAAACCUGAAGGCAAAGGCCGCCGCCGAGCAGAACCACAAACCACUACUGGAGGACCAGGACUCCGUCGCCCCUCAGUCUCACUGAGGACCUGAGACUUGAAAAAUGGAAUCAAGUCAUGAGCAAAAACAUCUGUAGCCGCAAGUGGUCAUCGCUUCUUUUGGGCCUCGCGAUUAAAGGACCAGUUGUGUCCGAUUUAUUGGCAUCUACGUUGGCUGCUGUGGAAAACAUGGCGGUGCUCCCAAAUGUAGUUUCAGACUGUCGCUGUGACAAACGAGCUUGGAAAUAUUGAUAUUUGAGAGCUGGCUUUUUAAUGACUCGUAAGACUUUUUAACUGAUCUACAUUUCAGCCUUGCUCCUCGACCUGCUGGGCUCGAUUCCAGCACUUGAAGCCACUGACUGUUAUUCAGCCGCGCAGCUCUUUUCGGGUGAUCGUACCCGGGUACAGGAGUUGGUGGCACAUAGUGGGGAAUGAAAGAGGCACCUUUCUCCCUGUUGCGAGUCAGUUGUACCAUCACAAUGAAUUUGAAGCUUUUAUCUUUAAAGUAAAAAAGUUGCACAAUGCUGCUGUAAGGGGGACCCACUAGUGGUUUUGUGUCCAUGUCACGUCUCAAAGCUGAAAGUGAAGUUUGGUGACUGGCUUGGUGAAGGUCACAGAUCCGACCCUGCCAUCACUUAUCCUGUGGAACUCUAUAUUCCUGUGUCCUGAUGACCUUUUUUUUAACACCCCUCACCCUGGAUCCUCUGCCUUGUCAAAAGUGCAUCAGUACACGGGGGAAGCUCAGGGUGUCCUUCAGCUUUUUUUGGAAGGAAAAGAACUUCUGUGAGCCUUUUGUCUUACGAACGCAUUCCAGUACGCGCUGAUUUGUCCCUCACCUGUGGUAUGGCAGCUGCUGGACGAAGCUCUAAGAUUUUAUUUUGUAAGUUUCUCUCGAUUGCAUCUGAGUACGAGACCUACCGGCCGACUGCCACUUACUUUUAAGCAAUGUGUGGAAGAUUUGAAAGCCACACGCUGCAUUCUAGGAAUGCUUAUCUAUCAGGAAAUGUUGUGGGAGUCUGAAGGCAUUUAUGUGCUAUCUUAUUUUUGUCUGUUUUGUUUCUGUGGGGUUUUUUGCAUGUUGGGAUGGCAUCCCUGGCAACCCUGGUCAGUAAAAGGGGCUUAGAGACAAAUUGCUGUCUUUAACACGUUCAUCUUAAAGGAAAAAAAAGUUUCCUUUUCAUUUGUUUUUGUGUCGUUGGCUUGGAUCAGUUAAGGCUGAAAACACCCAGACAAUCAUAGUCGGAAAAAUAAAAAAGGAGCAUUGUUCGAAUUAAUAUUUCUGUAGAAAUUUGCAUUUACAAAAAAAUACUUCCUGGUUUAGCUUUAGGCCUGCUCUACUCAUGGGAGGGAUGAAUAGCCGCAAAACAAAAGCGCUCAUGUAUCACCUCCUGAUAAAAGUAAAUGAUGUUUGUGUAGUAGUCAUCUGAUUUGUGUCACUGCGCUCCGAUAUCUCAGGUGAUUGCUGUGCUAUCAUAAACAGCUUUAUGAUGGGUUCAAACCCCUUUCGACUCUGCUCAUUGAAUUUAAUGUCCAAUAUAUUUCUACGGGCCAUCUUGUAGUUCACUUUUAAAGCGAACAACAUACAUCAGCUCCUGACGCUCAGCCCUGGAGCUGCAUCGACAACUCAAAAAGCCUUCUCUGUCCUCACUGGGUUUCAUUUCAGCUUCCUCCAGAGACGUCUUUCUUACUGUACACAGACACGUAAGACACACAGUGCCACGUUUUCAUCUUGCCAAAAAUAGUUUGUACAUGCAAUAAUACAUAAUUUCUACAUGCAUUUUAAUGUUGUUCUGAGCAUACUGCUUCUAUUCUCCCACUCUGCUCACGGGUCCAGACGUCUCUCCCUCGGUUCAUCAGUGUGUGAUAGGACAGUUCUGGGUUAAUCAUUUAUGUUUGCUGAAUUUUUUUUUUGUGCCUCAUCAAAUUUUCUCUUUUCUUUUCUGACUUUGAACAUUUCAUUAAUUUACAAAAUAAACAUGUUUGUUCUACGUCA